AAUUGUAGACAACCACACCAACUUGUUAGACAGUACAUUAGAUACGGGUUUGUGGCGUCGUUGAUUUUAAAAUAUAUUUUUUUGAGAUAACAGAAAACUAGUUCCUCUUAAUACCCAGGAUGCAUUUCGCUUUUGCCAUCUUGUCGAGUGGUUGGGUGAGAAGAGCGGCAGGCAGGAGUUAGCCACCCGUUAGCUUACUGCAGCUGUGGUAAAGUGGUUCUGCUAGUAGCAGCUGCCAAAAGUGAGCUGUCCACACGGCAAGAGGCAAAACUUCUACGACUUUGACAAUUUUUUUCUGUCUACUUCUGGAUUAUAUGUUAUUUCUGGAAAGCCAAUGGAUUUGUUUACAUCAUGAUGUCGCACAUGCUGGUGGAGAGGUAGGGAAAACUAGCGUACAUCAGCUAACUUAGCUUGUCGGCGAGAAAUACAUCUACAGCUAAGAGAGACGAGUGGGCUGCGAGACCGGGCCUGCCUCAGACUAAAGUACCGGUGGCAGCUGCUGAACAAGAACUUUGACAAGGGCCUGUUAGAAACUCCCCUGCGGGGACAUACAGAAGACCACCCGGGUGUCAGAGAGGCCGGAGGAGGAGAACGGCAGUCGCCCGUGUGCUGUGACUGGACACCCCGGAGCGUUUCGGGAGUUUCGCAGGGUCUGGCUCCAGUUGAGAAACUUUUGUCAGACAAGAGAGAGUAAGAGGAACGGCAUGGAAACGUUCUGUGACGGUACGUGUCUGUGUCAUAACCUUCAGCUGUGAAUUACUUCGCAAGGCAUUAGUCCAGCACUUUGUUUCACCUGGGAGCAGACGGACGCAUAUAGUCAACAUGUCAAAAAUGCCGGCGAAGAAGAAAAGUUGUUUCCAGAUCACGAGUGUAACGCAGGCUCAGGUGGCGGCCAGCAGCAUCACCGACGACACCGAGAGCCUGGACGAUCCGGACGAGUCCCGGACAGAGGACGUAUCGUCGGAAAUAUUUGACGUUUGUCGGGCUGACCUCGGGGUGUGUGAGAUGAGUUCAUCCGAGGAAACCUUAAACCAUGUAGGAGAGCAUCACGAGGGCCAGCCGCCCACUACAGGUCCUGUCAACGGGGGACUCUGUUAUAAAAGUAUAGGCACUGGUCGUAUCACCCCACAUAAUUUAGGAGGAAGUGCGCCUGUGGCAGCUGCAACUCAACCCUUUGUUGCGAGCUCAGCCACGCAUCCGUCAGUCAGUACUACAGUCAGUAAUUCUACCACUGUCUCUACCAAUGUGGCUCACACGACCCCUGUUAACACCAGCUGUAGUUCCCGUUUCAGGGUCAUUAAACUUGACCAUGGUACUGGAGAACCCUUCAGACGGGGCAGGUGGACUUGCACUGAGUUUUAUGAGAGAGACUCUGAUUCGAAUGUUAAUCGAACUGUGGAUAACAUAAGGCCAACUGUUACCCAUGAUCACAGUAUAGACAGGGACAGUGGGCUAGGGGCCACAAGUAACUCAGUGGUCACUAGCAGUGCUUUUCCCACCGUGGACAGUGGCUACUCCCUCCCUUCAGAGCUUCUGCAGCAAGGCUACAGUUUGGCCCCUCAGAUAGGUAGCGGAGCAAGUGCCUUCCAGCCCACAGGGUAUAAAACUACAGCAUCACAGCAACCUCAGGCUCAGGUCAACAUGCAGCCUGUUGCUCCCCAGACCUUCCUCCCUAACAACGUCAAUGGUGUGCACCAUGGUGCCAUGCAUCAGAUGUCUCCCGUUAUGCCUCCUGCCACGCAGGCCCAGCAGUUUGCCUAUUCUACUCAUCCUACUGGUCUCUCAGCAGGCCAGCCGGACUUUCGUCAGCAGCACCUUGUUUCAAGCACUCAGAACCUUCCCAUGCCUACCCUUCUUGUGGGGCCUCCUACCAGCCAGGUACCAUCACCUCUAAUCACCCCUGCUGGUCCAGGAACCCAAGGGCUGGGCGGAGAGGCCGCCUCUGCCCAGGGCCACCUGCUGCAAGGGGGCAAUACGUCAACCAUGGCACCCAUCCUUCCAAGAAUUGGCCAACAACAGCAUGUCAACCAGACUCAGCUUUCAGGAGGGUUAGGCAUUGCCCCAGCAUCUUCCACCACCUCCCACAGUGGUGUCCAGAAUGUACCUGCCACAGUGCCCAGUACCACCAACACUCCUCCAGGAGUGCCAAGUCAGGCACCGGACACAGGAGGACUUGUCCAGCAGCCCCAAGGAGCCCACGGAGGAGCAACAACAGGCAUUCCCUCCAUCUUUGGUAGCCAAGCAGAAGACAGCAGGCAGACGUCUGAUACCCUACCUGAGUCCAGUGCUGUUGUAGUGCCAGGCAAAGAUGCUGUAAAGCCUUUCUUGGGGGAUGGCUUCAACCUGCCCACUCCUGCUGUCAACAGCCUGUUUGGCAUCCAUAUUACCAUGGAUGUGGAUGAGGACAGGAACCCAUCCACUGCUUUCUACCAGGCUUUCCGACCUAGCAGGUCACGAGGGUCAAAGCCUGUCAACGAUAGUGCAUCUGGUGCCAGUGUUGUUGCCAUCGAUAACAAGAUUGAGCAAGCAAUGGACUUGGUGAAGAGCCACCUGAUGUAUGCUGUCCGUGAGGAGGUGGAGGUGUUGAAGGAGCAGAUCAAGGAGCUGUACGAGAGGAACUCUGUGUUAGAGCGCGAGAAUGCUGUGCUGAAGUCCCUGGCCAACACAGAUCAGCUCGGCCAGCUGUCCAGUCAGCUCAACCAAGGCAGCAGCACGUCGCCGACGCUGCAACAGCAAUACCCGCUCAUCACAAACAACAACAACAACAACACCCCCCCCUUGGCUCACCACGAGGGGAGUCAGAGUGUCCCUCAACAGCCUAACAUCACCUCCGCGUGAUCCCCGUUCCCUCAGUACACAUGCUCAAACACAAACCUCCCAUGGGCAGGAACAACUGCUACUCUCCCCUUCAUAAAGCAAAAGGCCCUGCUCUGCGUUCAGUAUGCUCCAUUUGAGGAAACCUCAACAACAGCGACAUCUGUGUUUGGCCACCAAGAGCCAUGCUUCAAUGUGUGCAUGUUGCCGCCACCAGGCUUUACAUUAUUAAGACAUUUACCAACCCUCAAAUGUCUUAUUCUGUCCCAUGGCUGCAAGAAAGCUGAAAGAGGAGGGGCAGGGGGAGCCAGUGCACACCAUAAAACUGCAUGCUGUUCUCGUGCAGGAGGACGAGGGUCAAAGGGCACAGCAAGAUUGAUUUGUUGGGGCAACAAGGGGCGGAGGGCGGUGCAACCCUGUGAAGGGCCUGUGAAGUGCUGGGGGUCCUGUGAUAUCCGGCAGGGACUGUCCUCCUAGUAUCCCCAACCCUACACCACUCCAGGUCUGGAAGAGGCCGGAGUGCCGAGGGAAAUGAUUCGUCGUCCAUGAGCAGGGGAGGAAGCCGGCGGGUGCCUCGGCUUGAGUGGAGAGAGUCGAGAGCCUCGGUUGUUUAAUGCUGCAACAAAAGCUUGUGUUUUCUCAGAGCCACUGUACUUUGACAUGAAUCAUAAUAAUUUUUCAUUAGUUCAGUUUUAGUAUUUUCACUUAUUUAUUUCAGGGCUGCUAUUUUCAUAAUGUAAAUGAACAAUGUCAUGGAGAUACUCAUUUAAAAGAAAAAAAAAAACUUUCUCUUUGGUCUUUUGGUAUUUUAGAAUCUGUCAGGUAUUACAUUUGGUAGUCUCUCUUGCAACAAGUAGGCAAUAAGUUCCAUUAUAGACAAAAUGUAUUUCCUGAAAUAGUGCUAACACUAAAGCCAAGCUUGCAUUAGGUGAAAUCCAGGUUGAAUGUAUAUUUUGUAAAGUGUAAAGUAUUAAGAGCAUGGAGGGUUUGUACAGGGGAACUCCUGUUGUUAAGAUGUGAUGGGAUGUUUGGAUAAAGAGAACUUAUUAAUUUACUUUCUUUGUCAAAACAAAAAAGAUGAAAUUAAUUUGGGGGUUUGGUCAGGGGGAUAAAAAGCUGUGAAAAUUGUUUGACCUACUUUAUAACCAAAGAUUCAAAGCUGUGUAAGUCUCCCCCCUCCCCCAUUUUUAAAUGCACACUUAUAUUUUUUUUUCCUCCUAUCACUUUCCCUAUAUUUUUGCGCUGUUUUGCAUGUUCUGCAUGAUCUAUAAUCAAACCAUUUCUUACCUCAUGUUUUCAUCCAGAACUUACUUUUUGUCAAGUUGUCAGUCUGUGAAAUGAUUUAUGAAAGAGAGAGAGCAAUGGGCAGAGAGGGCAAGUAGUUGAGGUAAGAAUAUAAAAGAAAAAAGUGACAUGGUGUUUGUGUCAGAUGGAGGGAAGGGCCUCGAGCACAAAACACUAGUCAGAAAAGGAGCCCCGAGUAUUUUGUUUUCAUGUAAAUGCUGUUGAAUUUCACAACGAAGAAAAGAUUUUGUUACAUUGCAGAUUUUAAUGUAUUUAAUGAAUGCAGCAUUUCGAUUUUGAUUGUAGUGUACCAACACUUUGCUUACAAAGAAAAAUAAAUACGAUCUGCAAAAAAAACAAUGGAAACUAUAAAACAUGUCACACUUUAAAGCUGGAACCCAGUCGAUUGUGUGUGAGCCUAUUAUGGGAUGUCCUGUACUGUCACGUCUUUUGUGCCUCUUGUGCCAUCGUCUGCUGUUGUCAGGCGGUUUGGUUUCUUUCUCUGUGGCUUAGACCCAAACCAAAAGGCUUGGUACACUCAGUCAUCUGUCUACAGGAUGGAUACUUUGAGUUUGUUUUUUAUUUAAUUUUUGCAAACAGGCUUAUUUCUUUUCUCAUUUCUUUCUGUUCUUUCAUUUGAAGGAGAUGCGUACAUGCCAAGUGAACUGUAUGAAAGUAAUCACUGAGCCUGGGAGAAAAUAUCUUAACGAUGCCCUUGUAAUGUGCUGUUCAAACUAUUUUAGUUUUCAGUCAAAAAUAAAUUACUGUUUUAUUA